GAGAGGAGAGAGAGAGAGGGAGAGAGAGAGGGAGAGAGAGAGAGAGAGAGGGAGAAAGAGAGAGACUCACACAUUGAGUGAGGGGAGACAGACAGAGUACGCCAGACGGAGCAGACGAGGCAUAUUUCGGGCGCACAUUUGGAGUGCGUAAAAACCGCAGGAGCGCAUAGAAACACAGCGAAACCGUGAUUGUGCGUUGGAUAAUAGGAGUCUUUUUGUUUUUCAGUCCCGGAGUUGUCCACUUUGAUUCCGCCCGCCUACGGAAACUGCCCCUGUGAAUUCCGCAGCCUUGGGUUUUUCUGAAUGGACGCGCUUGGGAAGCUUCUCCGGUGACAUGGAAGUGUGUGUUGUUGAGCGCGUAGCCGGAUGCUGAGGAGGACGCCCGAGCCGACAAGUCCAGUCCAUCUCUCGUUUUGAGUUGUUGUCUUUUUUGUUUUGAACUCUCGUUUCCAGCCGGCCACAACAUGGAGGGUUCGAGCUUCCAGCCCCAUCCCGGACUCCAACAAACUCUGAAGCAGUUCCAUCUGAGUUCCAUGCGCUCGCUCGGCGGACCGGCGGCGUUCUCCGCUCGCUGGCACCAGGACUCACUCUUCUGCAAAGACGCCAAGUCCGCCGAGGUGAUGCUCGCGAUGCCGCCGCAGACGCCGCCGGUGAUGUCCGGUCCGCUCUUCAUCCCGUCCGACCGCUCCACGGAGAGGUGCGAGACGGUGCUGGAGCGGGAGCCCGUCUCGUGCUUCGUGGUCGGCGGCGAGAAGCGCCUGUGCCUGCCGCAGAUCCUCAACAGCGUGCUGCGGGACUUCUCCCUGCAGCAGAUCAACUCGGUGUGCGACGACCUGCACAUCUACUGCUCCAGGUGCACGGCGGACCAGCUGGAGAUCCUCAAGGUGGUGGGCAUCCUGCCCUUCUCGGCUCCGUCCUGCGGGCUCAUCACCCAGACGGACGCCGAGCGCCUCUGCAACGCGCUCAUCCACGGCGGCACGUUCCCCCCGCGCUGCCACAAGGAGUUCGGCGCGCUGGAGCUGGAGCUGGAGCGGACCGAGGCGAGCUUCAGGGUGUACCACGAGUGCUUCGGCCGCUGCAGGGGCUUGUUCGUGCCGGAGCUGUACGCCGGCCCGAGCGCCGCCUGCGUCCAGUGCCUGGACUGCAGACUCAUGUUCCCGCCGCACAAGUUCGUGGUGCACAGUCACAAGAGACUGGAGAACCGGACGGUCCACUGGGGGUUCGACUCCGCCAACUGGCGGGCCUAUGUGCUCCUGGACCCGGACUACGCCGGGAAGGAGGAGAAGAGUCACCUGGAGCAACUGCUCAAGGAGUUGAAGGGAAAAUACGACCUGGCGGGCAAACUGUCCAGUAAAUCUUGCAGAUCUCCCAGCCCAGUCCCAGCAAAGAGGUCCAAAUUCAACAAAUUACAGUCUCCAUCUGCCGAGAAAGACCGGAAACCCGACUGGUUACAAUCAUUGUCAAAGUCUGCACACAAGGAUCUGAAACAAGUCCAACUGAAACAGAGGCCCUCCGCGUUCCGCCCCUGGUCACCCAAAGCUGCAGAUAAAGAGAAACCAGCUCCCAAGAAUGAAGUGGAGGGGUCCUUCUCCAAGAAUCAGGAGACUUUGACGGAUCCUAAUCUGACACUAGUCCCCCUGCAUCCCACGGAGAGUCACGCUCCUGGCAGGGGACGGACAGGCAUUUCCGGGCCGCCACAGGAGCUGCAUAACGGGGACGCAGAGCCCGCAGCACAAGCGGCCCCGUCCAGUACCAGCAACCAAGCUGACAACAUGGACACAGAUGGAGAGAUUGAUGUGGAUGACUGCGAUGAUCAUCCUGUGCCACCUUCCUCCUUGGCUUCUCCGCCGUCAGCCUCUGCCAGCGUGUCUCAGACGCUGACCCCUCAGAGCGUUGCUCCAGCUCAGGAGGGACCUGUCUGGCUGUCAGGGCCUGUUUGCCCAGAGAUGGACGCCGUGAGCCAGAUGCUGCACGCAGGCCUGGACACCAAAGAAGCCAGGGAAAAAAUGCUGCAGGAGAUUGUCAGGAUGAGGGUUAAGCAGGAGGAAAAGCUGGCAACUGCUGUACAAGCUAAACGCAGCCUUCAGCAGGAAUUGGAGUUUGUGAGGGUGGCCAAGAAAGGACGCCUCCGUGAGGCCAUUGAAGCCAAGCGCAACCUGCGAAAGGAGAUCGAACGCCUCCGUGUGGAUUGGGAGAGGAAGAUGAGGGACGCAGAGGAGUCCAGUGAGCGGCUGAAGAGGGAGCUGGAGAGGGAGAGACAGCUGCGAGUGUGCGACAAAGGCUGUGAGGCAGAGCGUCUCCGGGUCAAGUACUCUACUCAGAUCGAGGCGCUGCAUGUGCAGCUACAGCAAGCCGAAUCUGACCGCGAGCAGCUGAGGCUGGAGCUCCAGCAGGAGAGGGAAGCUCGGCAGAGCCUGGAGAGCGUGGUUAAAGACCUGCAAGUCCAGCUGGCGCUUCAGGCCGACAGCAGCCCCCCCGGAGACUCCAAGGACGCAAACACGGACAAACACAGACAACAACAGACCACGCAACUCACCAACGGAUCCUAAAGUUGCACAUUCAGAACCCAGAGAAAAAGGACUCAGACAAAAAAGGUGCAUGAUCAAAGGACUCUGUUGCGCCCGCUGUCAUUGAAAAGAGACUCAACGAAAUGCAAAGUCGGUUUUGUCGAGGAAAAAUCUUAUCAUAUUUGAUAUGAUACGAUACUACACAACGUUGUUAUGACGGUAUACAAAUAUAAUGAAAUUAACUGGAAAGUAGCAUGAUGUCUCAGCAUGUUGUAGAGCGUGAAACAGUAGAAAGACUUCUUAAGUGAUGAACACCCAUCUCUCUAGUGACGUCAGAGCCCUCGGCAAGACACCUGACGCUGUCCAAGGACUUUAUUUUGGUAUAAGCUAUUCUACGAUGUGCAAAUAUAGCCACAUAACACUACUUGAAUAUGAAGGGAAGGAACAUGUUGCAUCUGGUGAAACAUGAGCAGAUGAUGAAACUCUUGGUGCCACAAAAUAUUGGUACACUCAACGGUGUCGUUGCAGACCACUGGAAACAAGAGACACCAGUUUACCACUAUUUACUUUUAAUAUCCGCUUGCUUUUUAUAACUGUGUAGAGGAUGUACUUUUUAAGAAAUAUUGCUUGAGCAGCACUGUUAUUCCACAGGCAAGAAAAACGAUCCAUAUCCAAACAUGUACGCGUGUAUACGAGCUUGUCUACCUUUUGUAUUUUAUAAACCUGAAGUAUUGGAGGUCACGUGGGCUGCCUUCAGGUCCACCACUGUUUUAUGCUUUAGAUAUUUUACGGAAGUGUUACUUUUUAAUAUUAUGAUGCAACUUUACUUGUUGUUUGAACAUUGUUUUCCAGUAAUGUUUUUGCAACCAAAUCAUGUGAUGAAUAGUUAAUAUACUUGCCCACAUUAGUGCAGAUAAGUCUACGAAUGCCCUUCUAAAAGAAAAAGGAAAAAAACCUUGAUAGCUGCCUGUAUUUGUUCAAAUGCGGUACUUCUGAUUUUCUAUUGAGUAUUGUAAAAUAAUUUAUAUUCUAUAAUAAUUUGCUGCCUAUUAACAGAAAGCAUUCAUUUUUAGUCACUGGUUUUAGGCUCUUAAAUCAACAAAUGCUGUUUAUAGGAACAACAUUUCUACAUCUAUACAAAAUAUGGAUAUAUAUUUUUUUACUUUAAGAAAAGGAAUUGCACUUUUUAAAGAAACAAACCUUGCAUUGUGCAUUGUACUCCCUGUUACUUUCUUUUUCAAAUUACAAGUUAACAUGAACUUGGAAUUUAAACAUACUUUCCCUCAGUAUCCUCUGAUGUACAUACAAUGAUAUUGUAAAUAAGAUAUUUGUUGGUAUGUUUGCUUGCUCCAGACUUAAACUGAUUAUGAAUAUUAUUUCUUGCUCUUACUUGAAACCAAAAAGAGACUAUAUUUGGAUUUGCAAAAACUGCAAUUUCAUUGUCGUAUCCCUGAAUAUCAUUGCAAUCACAGGGCAUUUACCAGAAUGGAUGGUAAACCAUAAAUAGUCACGGACUUGACCUAUACUGCUUGUAGGUUCGACCCGUGAAACAGAUUAUAAUUUCUCCCUUGAUUUUUGUUUAUUUCAGAAGAUCUUUAUUAUUUGAUGAAUUAUAGAUUAUAUAUAUAUUACACCACAGACCAAAAACUGAAAAAAUGGAUUUGAAUUAUCUGCACCUCCACCUCCCUCUUCAAAUAGAGUAGAAACACCUUCUCGUGGUUUCAACCUUUGGUGCUCUCGUAUAUAUAUAGACAAGAAUCACUUUUAUGUCUUAUCAUUAUGAUACCCUCGCUCAGUAUUUGUUGGGUACAGUGUAAUAGCAAUAUCCAUUUUGUUAGCUGAUGCUGUUGUAGUUUUUGGAUUGGAAGUGGGGUUUCACUUGCCUCUUGUUUCAAUGUUUUUGUUUUUCCUUCGGAGAACUUGUAUAAUACCCAUUAAAAUUUAAAUCAAUCCUA